GGCUCCGCCCAAGGCCCAGUUUUCCGUCCAGCAGAACCUGUGCGGCACAGCUGGGACCCUGCACCGUGGCAUAAUGGAUCUGUCCUGGGCCACGCAAGAGAGUGAGGCGGUGGCAGAGAAGGUGCUCCGGUACCGGCGGGACGCGUCGGGCUGGAAGAAGUGCCGGGAAGGCAAUGGAGUUUCAAUUUCCUGGAGGCCAUCUGAGGAGUUUCCAGGGAAUCUGUACCGGGGAGAAGGGAUUCUGUGUGGGACACCAGAAGAGGUGUGGGAUUGUGUAAAGCCAGUUGCUGGGGGUCUUCGGGAGAAGUGGGAUGACAAUGUGAACAGCUUUGAAAUUGUCCAAAGCAUCACGGAUACGCUGUGUGUGAGCAGAACCUCCACGCCCUCAGCUGCCAUGAAGCUGAUUUCGCCCAGGGACUUUGUGGACUUGGUGCUAGUGAAAAAGUAUGAGGAUGGCACCAUCAGCUCCAAUGCUACCCACGUGGAGCAUCCAUUGUGUCCGCCAAAGCCCGGUUUUGUGAGAGGAUUUAACCAUCCAUGUGGGUGCUUCUGUGAACCACUGCCAGGGGAGCCCAACAAAACCCACCUGGUCACAUUCUUCCAGACAGACCUGAAUGGCUACCUUCCUCAGAGUGUGGUGGACUCCUUCUUCCCUCGCAGCAUGGCUGAGUUCUACCCCAACCUUCAGAAGGCCGUGAGGAAGUUCCAUCACUGACAGCCGCCUAUUGGCAUGGAAUGCCGAUGGUCCUUCAGGAACUCCAGCUGUUAAGCCUCAAAGAAUACGGAAGAGCUGCUGUGGCCUUUGAGAUGCCAUAGUAAACAGCAAAUCUCAGGGUACCCUUUUGGAAGAGCAGCCCAUCGCCCCACUCCACCCUCCUUCCUCUUGGGCUUGGUGUGGAUGGACCUGUCCAUCAGCUUGGUGUGGUGUUCACAAAUACCUGACAGGCCAGGGAAGGCCCUGCUGUGGCCGUCUGAGAGAUGGCUCAAGUACUCUGUGAUUCCUGUGGCCCAGAGCCCUGUGUGCUGGCUGCUGUCACACACCUUGUCCCUGUGCUGGUCUUAAAGAAUCAUUAUCCAUCGUGGUCACUACGUCCUGUUCCUCUGGCAUCUGGAGUUCCCAGAUUCCUCUGUCCCUUUCCUGACAUGCUUUUGUAUACACAUUUUUAGCACAAGACUUUCCCCCUUUACAAAGGUGUCAACUUGAAAAAUGUUUUAAACCACAGGAUAGCACUUUCAAUCUAACUUUUGUGGUAUCUUCCAUCAGAAUCAUCUUUUCCUAUCUGUUUUUUCCCUUCACGGGUUAAGGUUCACAUCCCCAUGAAACCAGUUUAAAUCUGCCUCAGGACAAUUUGUAUCUUUGGGAAGGAAUUUGUGUCCUUGAGGCCCAUGUGAGUGAUUCUAAGUGGGGCCAGCUGCUCCUGUGUGCAUGCUGGACUCUGGGGAGGAGAGCCCCCUGGCAUACACCUCACUUUGCCCUCAGUCAUGGUGAGGCAAGGGUGCUGGAGUUUCCUCACCCCAGCAGGCUUUGCUGUCAUUAGGAAGGAGGGAAGAAAGUCUCCUGUGCUGAGACAUAGCAUACUAUAUGCCUAUUGUAUCUGACAGUGACUACAAAGCCUUUAGGAACAAAGGGUGUCUUCUUAACUUUCCAAAUAAAUCUAGAGUCUUGCUUUUCA